GGAAGCGGACGGCGGGCGCCGCCAUAGCGGGCAGCAGCGGGGAAGGGGCGGCGCGGAGGGGUCCGGGGGAUCCCGGGGGGGUCCCGGCCGCCAUGGCCGCCCCCGCCAACGCUCAGAGCGCCAGUAAGACGUGGGAGCUCAGCCUGUAUGAGCUGCACCGCACCCCGCAGGAGGCCAUCAUGGACGGGACGGAGAUCGCGGUGUCGCCACGCAGCCUUCACAGCGAGCUGAUGUGCCCCAUCUGCCUGGACAUGCUGAAGAACACCAUGACCACCAAGGAGUGCCUGCACCGCUUCUGCUCCGACUGCAUCGUCACCGCGCUGCGCAGCGGCAACAAGGAGUGCCCGACGUGCCGCAAGAAGUUGGUUUCCAAGCGUUCGCUGCGCCCCGACCCCAACUUCGACGCCCUCAUCUCCAAGAUCUACCCCAGCCGCGAUGAGUACGAGGCGCACCAGGACCGCGUGCUGGCCAAGCUCAGCCGCCUCCACAACCAGCAGGCGCUCAGCAGCAGCAUCGAGGAGGGGCUCAAGAUGCAGGCCAUGCACAGGGCGCAGCGCGUACGGAAGCUCCACGCCGAGUCGGACAACGCGACGUUCAGCGGCGGCGAAGACAACUGCGACAGCCGCUCCCACCUCAGCACCGCUUCCGCCCCGAGCCACCCCGAGGCCGGGCCCUCCCACCGGAAGCGCUCCCGGGCGUCCGAUGACUCCGGACCGGAAGUGGACCCGGAAACGGCCGCCGAGAACGCCGGAAGUGGAGGAGGAGGUGGAGGCGGGGGAGGAGGAGGAGGGGGCGGAGGCCGCGGCACCCCCGAGCCCGGGGCGGACGGAGGCGGAAGUGAGAUCGAGCUCGUCUUCCGGCCACACCCACUGCUGGUCGAUAAGGGCGAGUACUCACAGACGCGGUACGUGAAGACGACGGCCAACGCCACGGUGGACCACCUGUCCAAAUACCUGGCGCUGCGCAUCGCCCUGGAGGAGACCCCCACGCCGGGACCCGACGCCGCCGGCCUGGAGGACGUCAGCGAGAAGCAGUACACCAUUUACAUCACCACGGCCGGGGGGGCCUUCACGACGCUGAACGGGUCCCUGACGCUGGAGUUGGUCAAUGAGAAGUACUGGAAGGUCAGCAAACCCCUGGAGCUGUACUACGCCCCCACCAAGGAGCAGAAAUAGGGGGGGGGGGACCCCCACUGCCCCCCCCCCCCCAACCCCCACGAAGGACGACGGGACCCCCCCAGAGGGCAGUGAGACCCCCCCAGAGGGACAAUGGGAUCCUCGCUGUGAUUGAUGGGGACGUUGGGAGCCCCCUUUUAACGGGGACCCCCAUUGCGAUGGGGACGUUGGGGACAUUGGGGACCCCCCCCCCCCCACCACCCUGAUGGGGACUUUGGGGACCCCCAGGGGGACAUCGGGACGUUGGGGACCCCCACCCUGAUGGAGACGUGGGGACCCAAAGAGGGGCAUGGGGUCACGGGGACCCCCAGGGGGGCGUGGGGGUGUUGGGGACCCCUGUUUCAAUGGGGACCCCCAUUAUGAUGGGCACACGGGGAGGUGGGGGACCCCCAGGGGGACGUGGGGAUGUUGGGGACCCCCACCCUGAUGGGGACAUUGGGGACCCCCAUUCCAAUGGGGACCCCCAGGGGGACAUUGGGACCCCCACUCUGAUUGGGACAUUGGGGACCCCCAUUAUGAUGGGCACACGGGGAGGUGGGGGACCCCCAGGGGGACGUGGGAACGUUGGGGACCCCCAUUUCAAUGGGGACCCCGAGGGGGACGUUGGGGACCCCCACUCCAAUGGGGACCCCCACCCUGAUGGGGACACGGGGACCCCAAAGCGGGACGUGGGGACAUUGGGGACCCCCAGGGGGACAUUGGGACCUUCCCCCCAAUGGGGACAUGGGGACCCCAAGAGGGACGUGGGGAUGUUGGGGACCCCCCCAAUGGGGACACGGGGACCCCAAGAGAGACGUGGGGACGUUGGGGACCCCCCCAUUUCAAUGGGAACCCCCCCCAAUGGGGACACGGGGACCCCAAGAGGGAUGUGGGGACAUUGGGGACCCCAGGGGGACAUUGGGACCUCCCCCCCAAUGGGGACAUGAGGGCCCAAAGAGGGAUGUGGGGAUGUUGGGGACCCCCACUCCAAUGGGGGCCCCCAGGGGGACAUUGGGACCCCCCCAAUGGGGACAUGGGGACCCCCUUUCCAAUGGGGACCCCCAGGAGGACGUUGGGGACCCCCACUCCAAUGGGGACCCCCACCCUGAUGGGGACACGGGGACCCCAAGAAGGACGUGGGGACAUUGGGGACCCCCCCAUUUCAAUGGGGACCCCCCCCAAUGGGGACACGGGGACCCCAAGAGAGACGUGGGGACGUUGGGGACCCCCCCAUUUCAAUGGGGACCCCCCCCAAUGGGGACACGGGGACCCCAAGAGGGACAUGGGGACGUUGGGGACCCCCCCAUUUCAAUGGGGACCCCCAGGGGGACGUUGGGGACCCC